UGGCCACUGAGGGAUGGUCAAAGAGAGUAAAGGUGGUUUUAGUGUGAAAAACAGUGAGCUAGAGUGUUGAGAGUGACUAAUGUGUGCGCACUGAGGCCAGCAGCCACACACGUCACUCCCUGUCGGUGGCAGCACAACACGCGGCUAUGCGCUCGGGUGGAACACUUCAUCUCUGUUCGCUUUUUGGCUGACUGGACGGCGACUUUCCGCUGCUGUACAUCAGCAAUAACCUGCAGCACAGGAUUUGAGAAGACUCAAGAUGGUCAUUUUAUGCCUGGCAUUCCACAGCAGGACAUCACUUACCGUGGACACAUGUGGAUGUUUGCAGUGAAGGAGGAGACUGAAGGUGAGGUGAGGCAAUAAGAGGUGGAUUUGGAGGUGUGGAUGAGAGCUGAACAUCAUGGGUAAAUCCAACAGCAAGCUCAAGCCAGAGGUGGUGGAGGAGUUGACAAGGAAAACCUACUCCCUCCUCCAGGCACGCCUACAUCGCUGUGGUUGGCCACACUCCUGAGUGCUUAGAAAGACAGACGAUCUUGUUCCGCUAUCUGCGAGCCCAACUUUAUAGGAGUUGAUAAACGGUAUAGAAGUUGAUAAUAAACGCUAUUUAUCAUUAAAAUGUCCGCUUUUAACGUACAGUCAUAUGUGUUGGAUCCUGAAUCCGAUCCAGAAGUACAGACUGGAUUGUCCAAAGUUUCUCAAGAAAACAGGUUACUUCACGACGUCUCUCCAUGUUACAGAGAAAGAAGUGCAACAGUGGUACAAAGGCUUCAUCAAAGAUUGUCCCAGUGGGCAGCUGGAUUCUGUGGGCUUUCAGAAGAUAUACAAGCAGUUCUUUCCUUUCGGAGAUCCGACCAAGUUUGCCUCUUUUGUCUUCAAUGUGUUUGAUGAAAAUAAGGAUGGGCGCAUCGAGUUCUCAGAGUUCAUCCAGGCGUUGUCUGUGACGUCUCGGGGGACCUUGGAUGAGAAGCUCAGAUGGGCGUUCAAGCUGUAUGACCUUGAUAAUGAUGGCUACAUCACCCGUGAUGAGAUGUUGAACAUAGUAGAUGCCAUUUAUCAGAUGGUGGGAAACACUGUGGAGCUUCCAGAAGAAGAAAACACACCAGAAAAGCGAGUGGACCGCAUUUUUGCAAUGAUGGACAAGAAUGCAGACGGGAAGCUAACUCUGCAGGAAUUUCAGGAGGGCUCCAAAGCUGACCCAUCUAUUGUUCAAGCAUUGUCUCUUUAUGACGGGUUAGUUUAGGAAUGUAAGGUGAGUGGAGUAUUCAUGCACGAGCUACCAGCAUACAUACAGUAGAUGUAUGGGGAAAGCUCCAACACACAUUGUGCUAUUUUCGAGCACAAAUCUUGCCAUCCACGUGUCAUCUGAGCAAAUAAAAAAAAAAGAAAAAAAAUCAGUGAAUGGCCAGAAUCCAAAGCAAAGCAGCUGCUUUCUGCUCCCAGUUUGUUCUUAUGAAUUAUUCAAGCGACCCACUUGUUUGCUGGCAAUCAAAUGGUCUUGCAGUGCCGAGUGAAGAGGAAGACAAGCCUUUCGACUCUCUCACCGCCUCAUGUAAUCCACCAGCCGCUGCCAAUUGUUGCUGACAUUGUGCUCAGCGUUUUGUCAACUGUGAAGUGAGCUUGUGAAUGCAUAUUUUCAACACACUGUUGCACCAUUGAAGUGAUUACCGUGCAUGGUCUGAGUACAGACAGUUUUUCUAUGAUGAUCAUUCUCCUAACUCCUUAACUCGGAUCUAGUUGAGCAUCUGAAACACACAAAUCCAUGCAGCAUCACACGAAUAAGUUGAUGAAACCAGACGCCCAUCCAGGAGUAGACUGACAACAUUUGGACAAAGUUUCAAUCAGCAGACAUUUGUUAAGAUUUCACCUAAGGAUUGUGGAUCAUCCGUAUCUUCUGAUGCCAUUCAAACAUGGCAGCAAAGCGCUCCAUCAAGUUAAUGUGCUUCUGUUGCCGCUGUAUGUUGUCCUUGCAAGUAUCACAGCCUUCUUGCUUUCCUUACCGAGAGACUAAGGAGAGGAAUUAUUUCCAGACUUUUCGCAUGAAGAACCAAGGAACUGUGCUAUCGACACUAUAUGACACCGGAAUUGAACAUAGAAAAGUGUGUUGCGUUGUUUUCAAAUGAGCAAAAUCUGAACAUUACAAAGAAGUGUAUUGUUAAAUGUAAAUAUUAUGCUUAUUUAUUUCCUGCAUUGCUGUAUUCAAGGGAUUCUACUCUCUUAAAAAUGGAAUGAAGUUUUAUUUUUAUCAAAGUUGUUGAAAUGUUUUGCACUGCAUUUUUCACUACUAUUGUGGGAUUGUUUUGCUCUCACGGUACGAGUUUCUUCUUGAGAGAAUAGUUUUUAUUUGUGUAGAAGGAGCACCGAGUUUUAUAUGGAUUAUUUUACUAUGUUUGCUGCCUGUGAAUCCUAUUGUGUUUUCACUUCCCUUUGAGCACAAGUGUGUGUAUAGUGCCCUGGCCAAGCAACGCCACCAAUCGUCACAGUUUACAUAUUAAUUGAGGCUCAUUAUUUAUUUGGAGAGCGUCACAAUGCACCCUCAGCUAACACACAAACAAACACACCAUUUCUGGUUGUAACGCUUUUGCGAGCGACUAUUGUUAACUCUAUAUUUGCCCUACCAUGUGAGGCUAGAAUAUGCGAUGAUGCCGUCUAAGCAGCUACAAGUUUGAGCAGUGUAACAGAUUUUAUGCCUUAUGCAAAUGAUCAUGUAUUAAUGACAAAUGCAAUUUACCCGUCAACUAUCAGUAUGAGAGCACAGAAUAAAAUGCAUUUACGUGGCUUUGCGGCCCAUUGUUUUUUUAUGACCUCGUAUUUUAACUGCAUUGUGAUGUCUGGAAUUUUCACUAUCUUGGAACCUGCCACUGAAUGUAUAAUGAAGUGAAUUAA